ACCCAACUCCCCAAGAACUCCUUAGGCUUUAGGAGGAUGGGUUUCCUCUCCCAUUUCUUCAACUAUCUCCCACUUCAACGUCCUACCUUUACCUUGUCUCCCAUCUCCUGCUUCCUUCUCCCAUUCCCUUGAAAACUGUCUUCCAGAACAGCAAAGUUGCCAGCUUUCCUUCCUUCUUUUUUCUCCAUUUUCUUUCCUUGGCCUUAGAGGAGAGGUGGUCUUCUUCUUCUUCUUCUUAAGCCAUCAAGUUUCCACCUUUCCUCUCUUUUCCAUCUCCUUGCUUGAUUUCAUAGGUCUUGAAGCCAUCAAGUUCCUGCCUUGCCCAUCCUUGCCGUCUCCUAGAUUGAUUGUAUAGCUCUUCAAGCCAUAAAGUUCCCUCCUUUCCUUUCCAUUCCAAUCCCCAGCUUCACUUUGAUAGGUGGGUUACCUGUGGUCUCUCCAAAUUCCUUUCAACAGGCGAUCUCUAAAGUUCUUGGUUCUCCCUCUCAGAGAAAUGACCUGUUUCCCUUCCACAGCAUCUCGUCCAAAGUCGAGUCGCCGAAACGUCUGAUGGUUCGAUUCCUCAAGCGCGGACCAAGCCUCGACAAGGGAAGGGAGGAGAUGUGCGAGAUCUCGGGACGCCAGGCGCAGAGCCUGAUUCUGGAGGAUACGGGUGGGAACGAGGGGAACAAGAUCUUUCGGAGCCACGGAGCAAAUAUGGGCUGCCCUCCCGACGGACAGCAGAUCGGCUGGGCGCUCGACCGGUCGUCGAGCAAUGCCCCCAAGUCUCGCCUGGGCAAGGGUGGCCGAGAUGGGAUGCCUUCAGAAAUGGAGCUAAUGAAGGAGAGGUUUGUGAAGCUGCUUCUGGGUGAAGACAUGUCAGGUGGUGGAAAAGGAGUUUCAUCAGCUCUGGCUCUGUCCAAUGCCAUCACCAAUCUUGCAGCUUCUGUUUUUGGCGAGCAACGGCGUUUGGAGCCCAUGUCUGCUGAAAGGAAAGCAAGGUGGCGUAAAGAAAUUGAUUGGCUUUUAUCUGUCACUGAUCAUAUUGUAGAAUUUGUUCCUUCACAACAGACGUCAAAAGAUGGAUCACACAUGGAGAUAAUGGUAACUCAGCAACGCAAAGAUCUUCUCAUGAAUGUUCCUGCCUUGCGCAAGCUUGAUGCAAUGCUCAUUGGCUAUCUUGAAAACUUCAAAGACCAGAAUGAAUUUUGGUAUGUAUCACGGGAUGCUGAUGAGUCUGAGAACGGGAAUGCAAAGAGGAGGGAUGACAAGUGGUGGCUUCCCACUGUCAAAGUUCCCCCAAGUGGGCUCUCUGAGGUCUCCAGAAGAUGGCUGCUGUUCCAAAAAGAUUCUGUAAACCAAGUUCUCAAGGCAGCUAUGGCUAUAAAUGCUCAGGUUCUUAUGGAAAUGGAGGUCCCUGAGGUUUAUAUUGAAUCGCUUCCAAAGAAUGGAAGGUCAAGCCUAGGAGAUGCAAUCUAUAAGAGCAUUACUGUUGAAGUGUUUGACCCUGAAGAAUUCCUUGCAUCAAUAGACUUAUCGACGGAGCAUAAGGUCGUUGACCUUAAAAACCGGAUUGAAGCAUCCAUUGUCAUUUGGAUGAGGAAGAUGCACAAUAAGGAUGGCAAAUCAUCUUGGGGUUCAGCUGUUAGCUUAGAGAAGAGGGAGCAGUUUGAAGAGAGAGCAGAGACCAUCCUACACCUGAUCAAGCAAAGGUUUCCUGGCAUUCCUCAAUCAGCCCUCGACAUAAGCAAAAUCCAGUACAACAGAGAUGUUGGACAGUCUAUUUUGGAAAGCUACUCAAGGGUUCUAGAAAGCUUAGCAUUCACAGUGAUGUCGCAAAUUGAAGAUGUCCUAUAUGCAGACUCUGUUGCUCGAGAUCCAUCACACAUAGACUCGAACAGAAAACACUCGCUGUUGUCUGAUUCAGACACUGCAGGAAUGGUGAAGAAACUGGACCCAAAAGAAGAGUUGGAGAAGUUGAAGGAAGCGCCCACCUCAAUGACACUGUCAGAUUUCAUGGGUUGGCAUUUUGAUCCAGAUGCAGAAGCAGAAAAGAAGGAUUCAGGGAAUUUGAGUAACAUGGAGAAACUGAAGAAGCCUCCUAACAUUGUGGCAAAGAAAUUUUCCUAUAUAGAGAAGCUCGAGAACUUGGGAGGCUUGAGAAGCCCGACAGCUCGCCAUUAAGGAGUUCCUAACAGUAGAGGAGAUAUGAAAUUGGACACGCACACACAUAUACGCACACUCAAUCACACACACACACACACACACACACACACAGAGAGAGAGAGAGAGAGAGCUUCGAUUUAAAUGUAGAUAGUACAGAAGCAUUAGAGCUUGAUAGAUUAAUUGUUAAUAGGAAGAUGGGAAAGUGCUAGUUCUGUUUAACAUGCUCGUUGCCUCUUUUCUCAACUGCCAUAAAUACUUUUGUAGCUAA